ACCAAUUUAUACCCGCUUUCUUCUUCCACUCCAAACUUCGCGCUCCAUUCGUCGUUUUACAAUUUGAUUCGCUAUAAAGACAACAAAUUUCGAGGUCUGAUGCUUUUCUGAUCUCUCUCCGACAAUGGAGAUCUUCUUCUAUCUCGUUUUUGGGGCACUGGGCUUCAUUGUUGCAGCCAUCGAGCUGAGUAAAACCAACAGGGACAGGAUCAACGCCACCACCGCUUUCAAUUCAUUCAAGAAUAAUUACCUUCUUGUUUACUCUCUCAUGAUGGCUGGGGAUUGGUUGCAGGGCCCUUAUGUGUACUAUCUUUACAGUCAAUAUGGCUUUGGAAAAGGGGAGAUUGGACAGCUUUUUAUAGCUGGUUUUGGCUCCUCUAUGUUGUUUGGGACAAUUGUCGGAUCACUUGCUGAUAAACAAGGUCGAAAGAGAGCUUGUGUGACGUAUUGUCUCACUUAUAUACUGAGUUGCAUCACAAAGCAUUCACCCCAAUAUAGAAUUUUGAUGUUGGGCCGCAUUUUGGGAGGCAUUGCCACUUCUCUCCUCUUUUCUGCAUUCGAGUCGUGGCUUAUUGCUGAACAUAACAAGAGGGGCUUUGAGCAACAAUGGCUAUCAGUUACUUUCUCAAAGGCAAUAUUUCUUGGCAAUGGUCUUAUUGCCAUUUUAUCUGGGCUUUUUGGGAACGUACUAGUUCACUCCUUGGAUCUUGGGGCGGUAGCGCCCUUUGAUGCGGCUUCUUGCUUUCUUGCCCUUGGUAUGAUCAUCAUCUUAUCUUCGUGGACAGAGAACUAUGGAGAUCCAUCUGAAAACAAAGACCUUCUCACCCAAUUCAGGGGUGCAGCAGUAGCCAUUGCUUCUGAUGAGAAAAUUGCCCUCCUUGGUGCUAUUCAGUCCCUGUUUGAAGGUUCAAUGUAUACCUUCGUCUUCCUUUGGACUCCUGCUCUGAGCCCCAAGAAUGAGGAAAUUCCCCAUGGCUUCAUCUUUGCAACAUUCAUGUUAGCUUCUAUGUUAGGAAGUUCCCUAGCAUCUAGGUUACUGGCCCGCGCAUCAUUAAGGGUGGAGAACUAUAUGCAGAUUGUUUUCGUUGUCUCAGCUGCAUCUCUUGUUCUCCCAAUAGUUACAAGUUUCUUGGUAGAACCAUCCCAAGUGAAAGGUGGGAGCAUCUCUUUUUCAGGCUGCAUCCAGUUGGUUGGAUUCUGUGUCUUUGAGGCUUGUGUGGGUAUAUUCUGGCCAUCCAUUAUGAAAAUGAGAUCCCAGUACAUUCCUGAAGAGGCGAGGAGCACCAUUAUGAAUUUCUUCCGCAUUCCUCUUAAUGUCUUUGUGUGUGUCGUGCUGUACAACGUUGAUGCAUUUCCAAUCAGUGUCAUGUUCGGUAUGUGCUCAAUUUUCCUGUUCGUGGCCUCCAUCCUGCAGCGGCGCCUCUUGGUGAUAGUAGAGAAGCUAAAGAUAGAAAGCAGGCCUAGUUUCCGGGAAAAGGAUGCAGAGAUGGAGCCCUUGAAUGCGUGAGGCCUUUGGGGAAGCCCAAAGUAAAGCCAUGAGAGUUUAUGCUCAAAGUGAACAAUAUCAUACCAUUGUGGAGAGUCGUGUUCAUCUAACAUGUGCAAUGACAUUAUCCAUACCUGAUGUGUGUAUGACAGAGAUAGAAAGCAGGCCUAGUUUCCGGGAAAAGGAUGCAGAGAUGGAGCCCUUGAAUGCGUAAGGUCACAAGAACACAUAUCUGUGCUCCUCCUCAGAAGGAAGAAGAAAAAGGUUUGAAUAUCUCUUUCAUGGCUGUGUUCUAUGCUUGAAGUUGUUAGCAGUAGUAGUAGUAGCGCAUAUCUACUUUUUGUAGUCUAAUUCUUGCUUUCUUUCUCAAUUAAUAUCUAUGCCCGCUGCUGCUCUCCCACUGAAAUCUAGGUGAAAGAUGCUCUAAUUUGUUGCCAUUCACAUUCCCAUUAUGUUACUGUUCUCUUUUAUAUGUAGACUUAUUCUUUUCCUGUAUCUUAGUCACUUUCUAUCUUUUUUGCCAAUUGUCAUGUGCUCCCAAUCCCAAUAUGUAGUAAUGUCACUUUGAGAACAAGGGAAUUAAAAUAUGAGAAUUGUGAUUACAGGAAUUUAUAGGAAGUUUGUC